AUGAAAUAAGAAGAGGACAAAGAUUUUGAUACUUUAGCAAGCAUUUGGAUGCACAUGAAAUAAGUAAGAGAUUUUGGGAUAAUAAGAGCAGAGGGAGACCAAAAAUUACUUAAUAGUUAGUUAGGAUAGCAAUAAGUGAAAUACAAUCCGAAAAGUGUUUCAAUUUAAAUUUAGAAGCAGCAAGAAGAAUUGUUUUAAAAAAACACUAAACUAAUUGAUGCAUAACAAAAGAUAAAUGAACUCGAGGAGAUUAACUAUAAGCAGCAAAAAGAGAUUGAGAUCUUGAAAUAGGAGAAAGAAUUGAUACUGCAGAAAUUCGAGAUGAUAGAAGAUGUUAUUGAUAGUUUAUAGAUGGAUAAAUCAAGUAAUAGAUUGAUCAGGCUUGAAAAUGAUCAAUUAAAAUAGGACAUUACUAGAUUGCUAGGACUGUUGAAGUAAACUAAAGAGUUUAAUGAUAUAUAAAUAGAAAACAAUUAGCAUUACAUUUAAGCUGAAUUUCAAUAGCAGAAAUCUAAAGUACUUGAAAAUGGAAAUAAGAAACUUGAAGUAUAAGUUUAAGUAAAAGAAGAGAUAUUUUGGAUCCCAUAAAAAGUAAUAGACAUUAUCAAUAAUAUCGAUAUGAGUUGCUCUUAAAAGAAUGAAUUGCUGAUAUGUCUUAAUUCUACUUUUUAUGAGCAUUAUACUGCAAAAGUGAACAAAUUAAAGCAAUUGACUGAUAGCGAGAUUAACAAUCUGAAACGAUAAUUAAAUUCAAGAAUACCUUAUGAAGGAAUUAUGACACAAAAGAAAACCGAGAGAAAUUUAAAGGUAUAGUUCUCUGAUCAAAAGUCGGAAUCCAAAAAAUCUAAGGAAACAAUCAAUAGAAAUCUAUUUUAAAAGGUAGAUGAGCAAUUGAAAGUUAGUAAAGUUAUUGAUAAGUCUUAAAUCUUCAUGGAAGGGGCAACUUGGAUAAUGGAAAAGAUUAACAAUGAAAUCGGAUCAUACGAAAUGGGUGUUUAAGCUCUGAAUUAAGAAUUGAGUCUAAAGAUUGACACUCUUAUAGAUUAAGAAGAUUUAGCUUACAAAGCAAUUAUUAAUAAGAUAUUCAAAUGGAUCACAGAUGCCUCUGAAGAAUAGAUAUACUCUUUAAAGGAAAAGUUAAACUGCAUAAUGGAAUCCACUUAGAGCAGAGCAACCACAAGAAGAACAUUUUAAAUGACUGAAAAUGCGUUCAAUUGA